CGAUCACAGCCACUCACAACGGCAAAUGCCUUUUCUUCUGCGCGAUUGUCCUCUUCUUUAAACAGGCUUCUUCAUGCGCAUGCAUUGUUUCAUGAGAAGUGCACAUCGAUUUAACCGGUUUUUGUCCCUAGGAAGAACUGCACGCCAGAACCCAAGACUCAUCCUCUCCAAAUGCGUGCCCUGCACUCGUCGCAACCUGGUCACUGAGCCUCCCAAUUACCCGAGGUCUACACCUUCGUCGUAUGACUUUCUGCCCGAAGAUGUGCAGACAAGAGUUUCGAUUACCUUGAAUUCACAACCAACUCCUCCGAGAAGCGUUGUUACCAUACCCAAGAGGCUUCCAGUCUCGUGCCCCGGCUGCGGUGCCUUGACCCAAGAAGUUGAUCCUGGAGACGCGGGCUACUACACACGGUCAAGAAAGAAUGUGAAGACGUAUCUGCGGAGCCCUGACCCAGAGGCCCCGUCUAAAGGGCAAGAAAGUGGAACUACAGUGGCAGAAGAUGGCAUUGAGUCUAGCAGCGAGGACGCAGAACGACGGCAGAAUGAAGAUCAAGUCCCUGAAAUCCACCAUGCGCUACUGCCUCCUGUAUGCGACCGCUGCCAUAAUUUGAUCCACGAGGCUCGCGGGACCCCUAUUGCUCAUCCUUCGAUUGAAGAUAUUGCAGACUCGAUCGCUGAAUCUCCCUUUUCCAGAAACCAUGUCUACCAUGUCAUGGACGCGGCAGACUUCCCGAUGUCUCUCAUUCCAUCGUUAUCCAAGAAGCUAUCUUUGGCAAAACCUCGAAGUCAAAACCGUCGGUCUCAGCAUUCAUUUUCUCACAAGCCUGCGUUGUCGUUCAUCAUUACCCGGUCGGACUUGCUUGGCCCGUCCAAGGAAAUGGUGGACCGCAUGAUGCCCAAAUUCCUCUCCAUCCUUCGAAGCGCAUUGGGUAGAGCUGGACAAAAUCAGAGACUGGGUAAUGUCCACCUCGUCUCUUCGAAACGAGGAUGGUGGUCGAAGGAGAUCAAGGAGGAUAUCCGAGAACGAGGUGGCGGCAACUGGCUGGUUGGGAAAUUUAACGUGGGAAAGUCGAACCUCUUCGAAGUACUGUUUCCCAAAGGGUCGACCGAGCAGGCCCCCGAUUAUGAGGAACUACAGCGCCAGCAAGCAGCAGAAGCACUGCCUGCUAAGAACGACUUCUUGCCAGAAAACAGCCUUUUACCUCCACCACAGCCGGAAGUACCUUUCCCGGUUAUGCCUCUGGUCUCCAGCCUACCCGGAACGACCGCGUCACCCAUACGACUUCCAUUUGGCAACAACAAAGGGGAGUUGAUCGAUUUGCCAGGCUUGGAACGUGGUGGGCUCGAAAAGUAUGUUCAACCUAAGCACAAGCUGGAGCUGAUCAUGGAACACCGUGAGACUGUGACGCAAUACAACAUCAAGCCUGAUCAGUCUUUGCUUCUCGGUGGGGGCCUCGUCCGCAUCACGCCCUUUUUGGAUGAGAAUGAUCCCAGCACUAUUGUGAUGGCCUAUCCAUUUGUCCCACUCAAAGCACACGUCACAUCAACCGAGAAGGCACUAGGUACACAGUUGCAACAGCGCGAAAGUGGGAUUGAGUCGAUCCUGGCAGAAGGUGCAGGGGUGGAGAUGGCAUCGGCUGGCAGGUUCUCACUGAAGACGGAUGUGACAAAGUCCAGGGCUGGUUCUAUGAUCAGAGCUGGUGUUGAUCCUGCAAAGCUACCCUUUCAAGUCUACGCGACUGACAUUCUUAUCGAGGGCGUUGGUUGGGUCGAGCUCGUGUGCCAGGUCAGGAAGAGUCGGAUCAAUUCUCAGCCUCCUUCAGCUCAAGAGGAGCCUGCGAAAGAGGACACGGUAGAGCCGGCUGUGCCAACUUCUGAACAGAUCUCUAUCGAAAGCACUGGAUUUGUGCCUUUCAACUCGCCCCUUUCGGAUAGCAAUGGCGAAGCAUCAUCGAAUUUUCCUCAAGUCGAAAUAUUCACUCCCGGAGGGAAAUCUAUCGGUCAAAGAGAAUGUUUGGAUGUAUGGCAGACUUGGCAUACAGGGAAGCCACGGAACGCGGUACGCAGCGCUCGUCCACGAAAACCGAUGAAAGGAGCAAAGAAAAGGGCAAAGUUGGCUCAACGAGCUGCAGCUGCAGCUGCCAAAGGGACGUGAAGAAGUAACGAAUGCGGCAUUUGGUGCUUGAAUUGCAACUCAUCGACCUUGGUUGAUGCUGCAUGGACGCAAGAGCAAAGAAGCCAGGGUCAUUCUGCCCGGUUGAUCAGGAACAGUUCAGCCUUGCCGAGAUUUUGUCACGUACACUUGCGAUUCGUAUAUGCUGCAAGCAUCUGCUAUGGAGAUAUCCAAAGAGUGUGAUCCAACUUGUCUCGGUUAUUGGCAACUUUUGCUGCUUCUCUUCGCAGCCUCUCCAAAGGACCGUCCCUAGCCUGUAUCUGCCUACUUGUCUGCUGUUUCCUCUUCUGCAGCUUAUUCAGUCAAGACGACGAUCUUGCCACGGGCAGUAUUCUUCUCCUGAGUCUCAUGAGCCUGGACAAUCUCAUCCAACUUGAAGACCUUGCCGAUCUGAACGUGCAUAGUGCCGGCCUCGAUCUGCUUGAGCAAAUCGUUCAGCGGAGUGUCCAUGAACUCGGUUGGACCACCAGAGUAUGCGGUAAGAUACUUGGCCGAACCGAUCGUGUCCAUUGGGGCGAAGUUGUCCAUAGUCCACUUGUUUCCUGCAGCAUGGGUUCGUCAGCAUCUGUCUCGCAAUGGUACGAUCGAAUUGGACAGGACAAUACUUACCGACGAUGCCUGUCACGCAGACAAUGCCUCCUUCCUUGAUGCAUUUCAGCGAGUCCGCAAGGGUGAGCGUCCCGAUCAACUCAAGGACCUUGUCGAAUGUGUCGCCCACCUGCGCGGCAACAUUCCCAUCGUCGACGAGGAUCUGGUCGACACCGCUCUUGCGCAUGACCUCUGCACUUGGGCCGGACGAGCUACGAGUCGUCCCAGCAACAAAACAGCCGUAGUUCUUCGCAAUUGCGGCCGCCGCGAGACCGACGGAUGUGGUUCCUCCGCGCACAAGCAGACGGUCACUGGCUUCAAGCUUCAACGCUUUGAAAAGCGAUCCAUACGCUGUUUGCAACAUCUCCGGAACCGCGCCAAUGAUGGACCAGUCCAGGUUCGUCUCAAGGGCUUGUGUGUUCGCAGCCUUGACACAGGUGUACUCUGCGUACCCGCCAUUGAAAUCGCGCCCCAUACCGCCCAUGGCUGUCGCCACUUUCUGGCCCUCCUUGAACUGGCCGCCAGGACAUUUGGCAACAACUCCGGCGGCCUCGAUGCCCAAAACGCGCGGGAACUGGACACCGGGAGAAUGGCCUUGCCGGGUGAACAUCUCGGAACGGUUGAGCCCGAAUGCUUUGACGCGGACGAGGACCUCGUCGUUCUUGGGGUCUGGGAUGGGGAGGGUUUCGAUCUUGAGCACCUCAGGGCCACCGGCCUCGUGGAUGACGGCUGCUUUCAUUGACAUCUUGAGGUGAUUUGUUGGUAUGGUUGGUGUGUCGGGUGUCCGUAAGAUGGUGUUGUGGAAGAGUACUGUGAUAUUGUUCUUUGCGGGUGGCCUUCUCCUCAGAAACUCUGUCUUGUGCUCGGUUUAUAUAGACAAUUCCACUCCCCCUGCCUUCCUG